CAGUUUAAAAUGGUGAAUUACUCUUAUGAUGAAGACCUUGAGGAACUGUGUCCGGUCUGUGGAGAUAAAGUGUCUGGGUACCAUUAUGGACUUCUCACCUGUGAAAGCUGCAAGGGAUUCUUCAAGCGAACAGUCCAGAAUAACAAAAGGUACACGUGUAUAGAAAAUCAGAACUGCCAGAUUGACAAGACGCAGAGAAAGCGGUGUCCUUACUGUCGAUUUCAAAAAUGCCUAAGUGUUGGAAUGAAAUUGGAAGCUGUGCGAGCUGACCGAAUGCGUGGCGGCCGCAACAAGUUUGGACCAAUGUACAAGAGGGACAGGGCAUUGAAGCAGCAGAAGAAAGCUCUCAUCCGAGCAAAUGGACUUAAACUGGAAGCCAUGACUCAGGUGAUCCAAGCAAUGCCGACUGACCUGACAAUAUCCUCUGCAAUCCAGAACAUCCAUUCUGCCUCCAAAGGCCUACCUCUGAACCAUACUGCCUUGCCUCCUACAGACUAUGACAGAAGCCCCUUUGUAACCUCUCCAAUUAGUAUGACAAUGCCGCCCCAUGGUAGCUUGCAAGGUUACCAAACCUACGGCCAUUUUCCAAGCCGUGCUAUCAAGUCCGAGUACCCCGACCCUUACACUAGCUCCCCAGAGUCGAUAAUGGGCUACUCAUACAUGGAUAGUUAUCAAACAAGCUCACCCGCAAGUAUUCCACAUCUGAUAUUGGAACUCCUGAAAUGUGAGCCAGAUGAGCCACAAGUCCAAGCUAAGAUCAUGGCAUAUCUGCAGCAAGAGCAAGCCAACAGAAGCAAACACGAGAAACUCAACACAUUUGGGCUUAUGUGCAAAAUGGCUGACCAAACCCUCUUCUCUAUCGUUGAGUGGGCUAGGAGUAGCAUCUUUUUUAGAGAACUUAAGGUUGAUGACCAAAUGAAGUUGCUUCAGAACUGCUGGAGUGAACUCUUAAUUCUAGAUCACAUUUAUCGGCAAGUGGUACAUGGGAAAGAAGGCUCCAUCCUUCUGGUUACCGGGCAACAAGUGGAUUAUUCUGUAAUAGCAUCCCAAGCUGGAGCCACCCUCAACAAUCUUAUGAGCCAUGCACAAGAACUAGUAGCAAAGCUUCGUUCCCUGCAGUUUGAUCUACGAGAAUUUGUCUGUCUCAAAUUCCUGGUGCUGUUUAGUUUAGAUGUCAAAAAUCUUGAGAACUUCCAGCUUGUGGAAGGUGUUCAGGAACAAGUGAAUGCUGCUCUGCUGGACUACACAAUGUGUAAUUACCCACAGCAAACAGACAAAUUUGGGCAGCUUCUCCUGCGACUACCAGAAAUCCGGGCCAUCAGUAUGCAGGCUGAAGAAUACCUCUACUACAAACACCUGAACGGGGAUGUGCCGUGUAAUAACCUUCUCAUUGAAAUGCUGCAUGCAAAGAGAGCAUAAAUUAUACUCAUUAGAGCUUCUGCUUUCAAGGAAAAAAAAAAUUCUGAACUGCUCCAAGCAACACUAAUUAAAACAUGGUUUUAAGACUUUGCAAAAAUGGUAUAAUAAUCAAAUACUAAUAGUAAAUAAGUGAUGUAUCAGGGUAUUUGUAUUGCAAACUGUGAAUCAUAUGCUACACAUCCCCAAAGGAAUCUGUAUAGGACUUUAUACUGGAGUGAAGUGAACGUACCAAGUGGAUACUAUCACCAAUGUCAACAUGAAAAAGGACAGAAUGGUUCUUGUAUAUUUAACUCUGCUGAUUGCCAAUAUGAAGAAACUUAGAAGAAAAAAAACCUGAUCGGUAUUAUCGAGCUAAGAUAGUGGGGAAUUUGCACUAAAUUCCUUCGCUGUAUAGCAGGACUUCUAAAACAGUUAUAAUAGAUGCAAAACUGCACCUAGAGCAUUUUCUGUCAUCCUUCCAA